AUAGGACCACCUCUCUGCACCUCUGACAGUACUUCUGGGACUAUACAGUAGAUCCUCCUUGGUUUAACUGUAUUUUUUAUGUCACCAGGAUGAACCCUGAGGGUGCAAACAAGGAUAAAGUUGAAUCAAUCCUGCAGGCCUCAUUGCAUGGGGACCCCAAGUCUUCCUCCCAUGGCUACAAGCUGUGUAACACCCAGGAGCCUCUUGGUGAUCUGACAGAUAAUCAUGAACUCUUCUUUUCUUCGGGUGAAAAGUCUAACACCAAGGAAGCCUGUGCACAAGGGCUGUGGAAUGGAGAAUUCAGCUUGCAAUUCUCAGAGCUGCAAGCUUGCCAGGAAGCAUUGGAAUCACACAUCCAGAGAAUCUCUGAUCUCGAAAUACAGCUGGGUCAGUGCUUUGACUAUGGUGACUGCAAAGUCAGGCUGAGACUUUCUGCCACUACUUGGAGGUUUGCAGUGUGCACUGACUAUAGUAACCAGUGCCAGCCCUUCCAAGAUAAGAAAGGAAAGUGAAAUGGCAGUGACCCUUCUCCAUGUUUAUUGCCAGGAUUUGUGGCUGCUGGAGCACUGUGUUUGUCUAUGCACCCUCUAGAACAGCCUAAACUGUCAGACUCUAGCACCAGAAGCUUGGUGUUUAGGCCUAGUUGUAUUCUCAGAAACUGGGCUUAACAUUACUGAAUGUAACUAUAUAAUUUGUUUUCUUCAAUAUUUACUUUUCAUUUUCUUAUCUGAGACAUAAAAAGUAAUGUAUAUCAAUUCUAUUCAACCUGUGCCCUGGCACCUGGACACACAUGAGCUACAGUGACUGUUUUCUGGUAUCAUUUUAUUUAUUUAUUUUAUGGAAUCAUUAGACACAAUGCCUCAUUGAAGUGGACAUUUUCCAGAAGGGGCUGGAUCUAGAGUGUGUGAUGUUGGAAUUGAUUCAUGGUGCAAUGC